AUGGAUGAGCACGGUCUGGUUGUGGAUAGUGAGGACGCUGUUCGUGGGCACCGUAACCCAAUUGUCGCGCUCGAAAGUCAGCGGCUCGCUGGCCACCAGCACAAUGUCCGAGCCGCGGUCUCUGCGCUCCAUCUUGUACUCGCCGCUGCCGACUUGCGGCUUGCUGUUCGCCGGCUCGGUGCCUGGCUGUUUCGUCCAGCUGGUUCCAGAGCUGAAGAACAAGCUCGCCGCGUCGUCUGUCCUGCUGCUAACAUAGCGCGUGCACACGACGCUCUUGCCGUCCGUAACAGCGAAGUUAAGCAAGCUCCGCAUAUCGCCCUGCGCGCGAGUUUCCUCUGGGAUCUCAGCGAUGAAGCCAUUGAUCCUCUCGAUCGUCUUGAGCAUAGCCUUACGCAGCACCGUGUGUCCGAAUCCGUCUCUCUGCUUCACCUCAUCGUCCGGGUCUGCACCAAGCCGCUCCAAGCAGUCGAGGAAGAGCGCAAACGCCCACUCACUGUCGGUGCUGCCUCCCACGCCCUCGAACCAGCGAUCGCCCACGCUCGACACCAGCCUCCUCUUGACGCCCAUCUUCCAGCCGCCGACGCCGCCAUUGUGCAUCCACAUGAGCGCCCCGCGCGAGAAAGGGUGGCAGUUGGCGUCGGAGAGGGCGCCUUCGGUGCUGGCGCGGACGUGGGCGAAGACCAGCGGGCUGACGGUCUUGCUGGCCAGACGCUCGAGGUUGCGGCAGUUCCAGGCGGGGAUGGUCGAGGUGAAGAUGCACGGCUCCGGGCCCAGGUCUAUCUCGUUCUGCUUGGCGGUGGAGGAGUCUUCGUGGGAGUGGUCGGUCUUGCGCGCGGCGGCGGUGUAGUAGCCCACGCCGAAGCCGUCGCCAUUGUGGGACAGGAGGAUGGGCUGGUGACCACUGUAGAUAAGGAAACGACACAUGAUUGUCCCGCAGUGGGGCCUUUGGCACGUGGGUAUCGAG